UAGUAAAAGGGAAAUAACUCCCGAAUCUUAUCGAAACUGAAUUUUAAUUAGCGAGAAUUUGCAAUUAGCCCAACCGAGUUUUAUUUAAUUGGUGCUAAAAAAGGCAAAGAAAUGGAAAUUAAGUUCAACGGUCAGAAAGCUUUGGUAACUGGAGCGGGACGAGGAAUCGGUCGAGAAACAGCAAAGAUGCUCUCAAAGUGUGGUGCAACAACUUACGCACUGAGUCGCACUGAGGAACACCUGAAGACGUUAGUUGAAGAAUGUCCAGCGAUUGUCCCUGUUGUUUGUGACUUGAGUAACUGGGAUCGUACCCGUGAGAUCGUCAGCUCUCUUGGCCCCAUUGAUCUGUUGGUAAAUAAUGCUGCUGUCGCAUCCAUGAGUGCCUUUGUCGAUUCCACCAAAGAAGAGUUUGAUGAUACGUUUGCUGUUAAUUUUUAUGCUGUUGUUAAUGUUUCACAAAUCGUUGUCAAAGGAAUGCUAGCAGACAAAAGACAUGGCUCCAUCGUCAACAUUUCCAGUGAAGUUUCUCGGAUGGCAUUAAAGAAUCAUGGAGUAUAUUGCUGCACUAAGGGUGCAUUGGAUGCUUUAACCAGAUCUAUGGCCCUUGAGCUGGGCCCUCACGGUAUCCGAGUCAACUGUGUGAACCCAACAGUUGUGCUUACAGAAAUGGGGAUCAAAUAUUGGACUGAUCCCAUCAAAGCUGCUCCCAUGUUAGACAGGAUUCCAUUGAAGAAAUUCGCAGAAGUGGAAGAUGUUGUGCAUUCCAUAAUAUUUCUCCUGAGCGACAAAGCUAACUCCACAACUGGGUCACUACAUAUGGUUGACGGUGGAACUCUCUGCUGCUGAUAACCAAAAUGAGGGAGCCACUAUGUGGUUGCUCAGCAUGAAAGAAACAGCAGUCAAAUAGCCUUCAAAUCCUGCAUCGUGUCCUGAUGAAAAUAAAAAAAAGAAAUGUACCAUUGGAUAAUGGAUAAUGAAGUCCUUAAUAUAUACCGUGCCAUGCCUGAAUAAAAGACAGGAUGCUACCACCGCCAGAACUCUUUUAGUUUUGUGUUUCAUCAGGGCUGACCUUGGCUAAACAACAAUAAAAUCGACAACCACAGAGCACAAGAAAUAAUGUGAGUGCUAAAACCCUCAAAACCACUCCUUAGAAACCCUAGAAAAAAAAAAAAAGCUGAGAUAUAUAAAACAAUAUAUUUGAUAAGUGAAAAUA